AUGUCCCCUUUGCCCCAUGAGAGGGCCGUCUCCACAUCCACUGUGGUGCAGAACCUCAUCUUCAGAUACUUACAAAAUAGAUCGCGGAUUCAGGUGUGGCUCUAUGAGCAGGUGAAUAUGCAGAUAGAAGGCUGUAUCAUUGGUUUUGAUGAGUAUAUGAACCUUGUAUUAGAUGAUGCAGAAGAGAUUCAUUCUAAAACAAAGUCAAGAAAACAACUGGGUCGGAUCAUGCUAAAAGGAGAUAAUAUUACUCUGCUACAAAGUGUCUCCAACUAGAAAUGAUCAAUGAAGUGAGAAAUUGUUGAGAAGGAUACAGUUUGUUUUUAGAUGUCCUUUGUCCAAUAUGAACAUUUAUUCAUAUUGUUUUGAUUACCCUUAUGUUAUUACAAGAUGGCAAUAAAUACUGUGGGAUUGUUUGUAUUAAAAAAAAAAAAAA